UUUCAUUUUCCAGGUGUGAUGGAGCCUGCAGCUUCGUGUUUAGCUAGAUUCUUCAUGGCCUUUCUUCUCUUACAGAUCACCGUACUCACCCAAGCUAUGAGCUUGGAUAUACAGAUUAACAUUCAGGUUCCAGAUGCAGAAGGGGUACUGGUGGAGUGUACUUCAGGAAGUUUGAUCCCACCUGCUGAGAUGACAUGGAGAGACAGCAAGGGGAAUAUAAUUCCACAUUCAUCAAAAUUUGACUCUCAGAAUGGAUUAUUGUACUUGAAGAGCAGCAUUCUUCUGAAGAACAGAACACAUGGUCCUGUUACUUGUUCCAUUUACAAUGUAACUACAAAUCAAGAGAAAAAGAGAAGCAUUGUCCUACCAGAUGUCCUCUUCAAACCAGAGUAUAUGUCAUUGAUGUCAAAGAGACCUUCAUGUCCUGUAAUAUAUUUGAUCAUUAUACUUGUUUUAUAUUGUCUCAGAGGAAUACUUGUUUUUUGUUUUCUCAAGUGGAAAACAUGUGAAUUCAUGAGAGAGUUAUUGCUGAAAAUUUCUAGCCUCCUAAAUCUUUUUACUUACUCUUUUCCAGGUUCGAAUAAAAUGAAGCUUUGCUAUGAGCUUACCUGGGAGUGUCUACUAUUAUUUUUUUAUAUCGGCUUCCUCCCCUUCUAUUUGAAUUUCAGGAGCAGAGCUUCUAUUUUGGACAAUGCAUACCCACUGUACAGUAAUUGGCUGUGGGAUGUAUGCAUAAUCUUGGUUGUAAUGAUGCUAUUUUUCACUGGACUCAUUUUGCUUCUAUUUGUGACUUUAAACAUCCAAAGUUCCAAAGUCGUCUACGUUUCUCCAAAAGCCAUCAGGGUAGGAUUCUUCUUAGCAACACCCCACUCUUUGCUAAUCAACACCUUUAUUAAUUACUGGCAAGAAGAGGAAGUUUCAGCCCCUCUUUGGGGACUUUGCAGCCGAGAAGAAGAACCAGUUGGAGCUACUUUGAGUCAUGAACAGCAAGAAGCCUCAGCUGGAAGCAGAUGA